GCCGGCAACCUACACAUGAAAAAACCAAUGGAUGCCUCAAUGUCUUCAGAUCAAGAGAUUCCAUCUGGUGCAGAAGAACAUGUGGAAGUUGAAGUAUCUGUUUUCCAGAUAGAAAGAGAAGAACCAGAGGAUACAAUCAUACGAAUUAGACUGGGUAAUCGUUUACGACAACGAAGACGUCGUCAGCGUCUUCGUGCUUCUAGAAGUGAAGCAGAGAGAGUGGAACCAUCACAAAAUCAAUGUCCAUUACAGGAUACUGCAAAUGAAAUGGAACAACGUGAAACUAAUUCAGAGAUUUUGCAGUUGAACCAAGGGGGACAACUCGAAAGCCUUCCUAACAGUAACAAUGCUGAGUCUUCCACUGUUGAGGAUACAGCUGAUCAACUGGAAAAAAAUAGAGAGACUAUCGAUUUACAUGAUUUUGAGCGAAUUCUGAGGCGUCGAGAGAGUGUACGCUUGAGCCAGAGAAGGCGGCGAGAACGUCUUCGUAACUUGAGUCAUAGUCUAGAAUCUUCUGAUCCACUUGCAAGAUGUCGAAACAUGAUCCUGGGCUUUAGGAUAUCUGAGCUUCAAGCACUUCUAAGGUUUGCAGGACGUAACAAAAGUGGGCUGAAACAUGAAUUGGUAUCACGGGCAUUACAGCUCUUAAGGACUAGCUGCUCAGCGGAGAUUUUAAAGAAGAUCCAAGAUUUACAUGCUCAACGGAACGGUUUAACGCCAACAAAUGCACAGAGUCAACAGCUUCUAUCUGCACCAACGUUUCCUUUGCAUUCUUCAGAAGCAGCCCUAAAUGCAAGAACAUCAGUUCCAAUUUGCCACACAGGAAAAGAUGAUACAAAAUCUAAAGUGAGAUUAACAAAAUUGCCUUUCUACGAAAUAUUAGAUGAUCUCAUGAAACCUACAGAUCUAGUCCCAACUAGCAGUGAGAGAAUUCAGGAGAAUCAGUUCAGUUUUACAUUAACUGAGAAGCAGAGAGAACAGAUUAUUGCUGGGUGCUCUAAGAAUGGUGUGCAGUCAGUUCAACUUCAGUUAAGGAUAUGUCACACAGAUACAGAAUUUAUGCAGGAAGACCAGUAUCCUCCCUAUCUGUCAGUAAAAGUAAACUCAAGAGUGUGUCCUUUCACGAGUUACUUUUCAUCAAAUAAGCCUGGAGUAGAACCAAAAAGACCAUGUCGGCCCAUUGAUGUUACACCUCUUCUCAAUUUGACAUCUCGUGGAGCUAACUACUUAAAUGUGUUUUGGGGCCAUUUUACUACGCGAUAUUCUAUGGUAUUACACCUUGUAAGGCAGCACAGAGUAGCAGAAUUACUGCACAAACUUCAAGCAAAUGAGACUAGAGCCUCUGAAAUUUCCAGGGAAUUAAUUCGCAAAAAGCUUCGAUUGGAACCUGAUAAUGAUGUGACCACAACUGGCCUUCGUGUCUCUCUUAUGUGUAGCCUUGGCAAGAUACGCCUAUCGGUGCCCUGCCGUGGUAUUACCUGCACACAUUUGCAGUGUUUUGAUGCAGCCCUUUAUAUUCAGAUGAAUGAAAAAAAACCCACUUGGAUGUGUCCUGUGUGUGACAAGCCAGCUCCUUAUGAACUGUUAUUUGUAGAUCAGCUGUUUUUAGAUAUAUUGAAAGAGUGUGAAGAUGCUACCGAGGUUCAGUUUAAGGAUGAUGGUAGCUGGUCUCCAAUAAAGCCAGAUAAGCAGCCACAGAAGAAUUUUGGACACAAAUAUUCAAUAGUGGAAUUAGAAGACUCCAAUAAUCAGUUUGGUAAUCCUGCGAAUGGCAAGAGUGACAUGGACGUUAUUGACCUGACUGUAGACUGUUAAUGGGGAGGAUUGGCUUUCCAAAAACAAAUGUUGCUGUGGAUGUUGGAGAGAGUGCACCAAGCGUGCAGGACACAUUGUGGAAAUAUCCAUCGAAAGAAGUCUACCUCUCGCAUUGUAGGCAUUAAUUUCUCUUGGCUCUCCAGCCACGUCUACCUCUUGAAAGGAUUGGCACAGUAAAAGAAGACAGAUAAUCUGUUUGGAGAAAUGCUGCUCUUCAAGAGUGCAUUCUUAUCGACGUGAAGAAACAAUGGAUUAGUUUUAAACUGUGUGGAGAAGUAAGGACAACACAUCGUAGUAGGGUUGUUUUUAAACUCUGCUCAUGACUCCUGAAUGGGUAUAGAUACCUAACCACAUCCUUGUUCUUGGAGUGCAGCAUAUAGAAACAAAUCAAAGCAAGUAAAAAUUGUAAAAUAAAACUGGCCUCUUGUUUAUUGCUUUUACUUUUUGAUUUCUAAGCGAGCGCCCAUUGUCAAGCAAGCCAGAGUUUAUAUGCUGAUUUUAGGAGUAAAACAUCUUGGAGUUCUUCAUCUUACUGUUUGAUUCAAAACACCUAGCAAGUAUAUUGUUAGUACUGCUUGAAGCUGAAGUACCUGUAGGCAAACAGUGUUAAUCACAAUUCUCUUUUAUGUGCUUAAGUUUAAGGAGGUAGCUUGGAGAAGUAGGUUGGCUGAGGUGUAGAAUAACACACUAAGAAAUAUGGUAGGUCUCCAGUAAAAAUAUGAAACAGCUAUAAGCCCCGUUCUCAAGGUGGGAAAAUUCUUGAGAGAGAGUGAUGUUUUGCAUUUGUACAUCUCCAAGCAGUUAAGAAAAUGGAAGGA